AUGGAAUUGGUCUCAUCGACGUCAGGUGAUCUCGAGGUAUGUUGCAGACUACCUAGACCAACUGAGAUGCCACCGUCAAUGUCUCCGAUAGUGUAUCCAACAAAUCCACCAACAAUGCAACCUACUAAUCCUCCAACCCUCCCUCCAACAGUGCCUCCUACUAAUCCUCCAACUUUGCCACCGACAAUUCCGCCUACUAAUCCUCCUACUAAUCCCCCAACUGUCCCACCAACAAUUCCACCAACAGCUCCUCCAACAAUGCCACCAACAAAUCCCCCGACCCUACCACCAACGCAGCCACCAACGGCUCCACCGACUGUACCUACCUCACCACCUACAUUCCCAACAAAUCCUCCAACUCAACCAACUCUUCCGCCAACAUCCCCACCAACACUUCCACCUUUCCCAACAUUCCCACCAGACUGCAUCUGUGCAUUUCCCUACCAGUGCGAUGCCAAUGGAAUUCUCCUGGUCUCAGGAGAAGGAAUAAUUAAUCCAAGGCAAACAGCGUACCCCUGUGCAGCGAGUAUGAUCUGUUGUCGAUUGCCAACCACAUCUGUCAUUUUUCCAACACCCCCCAGGAUUCCAACACCUUCUGCACCCCUGAAUAGACCAUGCACCUGCGUCAAAACUCCCCAGUGCGACGCAAACGGUUACAUCAUCGUCUCUGGUGCAGGCAACAUCAGCCCCAGAUUUCCAGGAGCCAGACAAGGCCUGAUAACAAAUGAUUGUGCAGCAGACGAAGUAUGCUGCGAAUUUCCUCCCAAUGGUCAGGACUCUUCAGCAGGUGGUCUCUUCACACCGAGUCCUCCAACAGUCCCAACAUCCACCACACAAAUGCCUAUGGGAUCAACUCCUCCAGUUCAAUAUCCUCCACUCGAUUCUAGGCUCAAUGUCACUGGAGAUAUUAAAAAUCCAGGGACUCCUAGGGAAUGCAGAUGCGUGGAAAUAUCCACCUGUGAUCCAGAUUUUAUCAUUACCAUCGAUGAAGCUGGCAUCAUUGAUCCCAGAUUUGGAUUGUGCAUGGUUUCUGAUGCAGUGUGCUGCCGCUCCAGCGGAAUCAUCAGCAAUAGGGGAGGAGGCAGUGAAGUAACUGGAGAUGCCACGUCUAUUGUCAAUGUCCCUAAUUCUGGACAAUCCGUUGUUUGUGGAACCAGGAACUCUGCCUGCGCUCCAGGCAUGUGUACAACAAGUUCUGGAAACACCAGUUUUGCUGAAUUUCCUUGGAUGGUGGCACUUCUCAGCCGAGAAACUGGAGGAGACAAUGUCUUCCUGUGUGGAGGAUCCAUGAUAAAUUCCAGGGCUGUUCUCACCGCUGCACAUUGCGUCUUGAAUCGAAAACCGGGACUUCUUGUGGCCCGAUUUGGCGAAUGGAAUACAGCGAACAAUAACGAGCCCUCGCCAUUCCAAGAAUCCGAUGUAGAAUCAGUCAUUACUCAUCCGAAUUACUACUCCGGAGGGCUGUAUCAUGACGUAGCUGUUCUGAUUCUGUCGACUCCUGUUAGUUAUGCAGUUAAUGUAGUGCCUAUUUGUCUACCUCAGCAAGCUGUUCUUUUCAUGCCUGGAACUAGAUGUCUCGCCUCCGGAUGGGGAAGAAGUGGUUUUGAGGGAAAAUACCAGACUAUCCUGAAGAAAGUUGACUUGCCCUUAGUCGACAGACAAGAAUGCCAGAGUCGUUUGAGAGCCACGAAGUUGGGACAGUACUUCCAAUUACACAAGAGUUUUAUCUGCGCUGGUGGAGAGGCCAGUAAGGACACCUGCACUGGUGAUGGAGGUGGUCCUCUAGUUUGUCCAACAUCUACAGGACAAUUCAUUCAAGUCGGAAUUAUCUCCUGGGGAAUUGGUUGUGGUCAGAGUAAUGUCCCAGCAGUUUACGUCGAUGUCAUUCAGCAUCGUCAGUGGAUUGAGCAACAACUUGUCAAUUACGGAAUUUUUUGAUGCUACAGAUGAUAGUGGAAUUAAUCGAACUAGUCCACUACUUUCCUAAAUCAAUUUGAAGAAAUGAAAAAAAUAUGUCCACAAGCUGUCCCUAGAUUUCAAUUACAUAAUUAAUACGCGAGUUGACUAAAACUUCAAUUAGUCUUACAUAAUCGAGUCAAAAGUCAACCAAGAUAACACGAAUCCCACACUCUCUAUGUGAUCAUUAACGAAAUGAAAAGCAAGCUGUUGGAAAUAAUUGCAAAAAUGGAGAAUGAACUGAAAUUAUUUUUCCACAAAAGAAUCCUCGAGCCGUGACGUUUAAUUUCUAUAGAUCAUUGCCAUUGUUAUAAAUAGACUAGCUUAUUUAUUCAUCGUUUGCUAUAAAUCAAAAUCAGAUAUGUAAAACGAAACGAUUGAGAGCAGCGAUUAAUCAUAAGAAAGAAAAUCAGGAUAAGCCGAGCAAAUUGAUAAAAGCGAGUGAGGAAAUGUAGUUUCCGGGAAGUUAAUUACUUUUCAGGCGUUGAAGGAAUAAACUAGCAUUUAUUGUUUACGAGUGAAUGCAAUUACGUGAAAUACAUGAACAUCCGUAACUCAGUAAAAUUGUUAUAAAUGUGGGUUGAACUAGU